AUGGCCGCCCCCGCCCCCGAAAGCUGUCCCUUCUGCACAAUCGCCGCCUCCUUCCCCCCGCACCCUCCUGCCACCCCGCACGCUGCACCGGCAGCUCCCCUCGACCCCCCAACCCACAUAAUCCUGUCCACGCCCUACGUACUGGCCUUCCUGGACAUCCAGCCCCUCACCCGCGGCCACGUCCUCGUGUGUCCCCGCGCCCACGCAGAACGGCUCACAGACCUGACGCCGGCCCAGAGCGGCGGCAUCGGCGCGUGGUUGCCGGUUGUUGCAAGGGCAGUGGUGAAGGUCGUGGGCGUGGCGGACUUUAAUGUUGUGCAGAAUAAUGGCGUACAUGCGGCGCAGGUGGUCCCGCAUGUGCACUACCAUAUUAUUCCAAGGCCGAGCAGUGAGGAGAGGGAGAAGGUGCUGGCGGGGGCGGAGGGGAGGUGGCUGCUGUCGAGGUAUGGGGAUGGGGUGAGGAGUGAGCUGGAUGAUGAGGAGGGGGCGGCGGUGGCGGCGAGGAUUAGGGGGGAGGUUGCGAGGGAGGUGGCGGCCGGCGGGGCGGGUGGGAUGGAGGGGGUGGUGGCGUUGCUAUAA